AUGACUGUUAUUCAAACAGCUAAAGCUUUAAAACCAGCGUGGUGGAAGGAAACCACAGUCUACCAAAUCUAUCCAUCUUCCUUCCAAGAUUCUAAUGGAGACGGAAUUGGUGAUCUUCCAGGUAUUACUUCUCGUUUGGAUUAUAUCAAGUCCAUUGGUGUGGAUGCAGUUUGGUUAAGCCCUUGUUUUGACUCUCCCCAGGUUGAUAUGGGUUAUGAUAUUUCAGAUUACAAAAAUAUUUACCCGGCUUACGGUACAAUUGAAGAUGCAGAUGAAUUAAUCAAGAGUGUGCAUGAACGAGGAUUAAAGAUUUUGAUGGAUCUUGUUGUUAAUCAUACGUCAGACCAGCAUCCAUGGUUUAAAGAAUCCCGUUCUAGCACUGACAGCUUAUACCGUGAUUGGUAUAUCUGGCGUAAGCCAAGAUACGACUCAGAAGGGAACAGACAUUCCCCAAAUAAUUGGUCUGCCGCUUUCGGAGGAAGUGCAUGGACAUUCGAUGAAGCAACACAAGAAUACUAUUUGCAUCUUUUCGCAGUUGAGCAACCUGAUUUGAAUUGGGAGAACGAAAAAGUCCGUGCAGCAGUUCAUGACAUUAUGAAAUUCUGGUUAGAAAGGGGGGCUGAUGGAUUCCGUAUGGAUGUCAUCAAUUUCAUUUCAAAGGAUCAAAGAUUCCCGGAUGCAGAAGUUAAGAAUAUAAAUGCUAGGUAUCAAGAUGGUUCUCUCUAUUUUGCUUGUGGACCCAGAUUACAUGAAUAUUUACAAGAAAUUGGUCAAAUUCUUAUCGAAUACGAUGCUUUUAGUGUUGGUGAAAUGCCUGCUUGUAAUGACCCGGAAGAAAUUAUUAAAGCUGUUAAUAUCGACCGUAAAGAAUUGAAUAUGAUCUUCAACUUUGAAUUAGUAGAUAUUGAUCAUGGAAAGGGGGGAAAGUUCACUCCUGGAAGUUGGAAGCUUGCUGAUGUUUAUAAAAUUAUUAACAAGUGGCAAACAUUCAUGCAAGAGAAUGGUGGCUGGAAUGCUAUUUACUUGGAAAACCAUGAUCAACCACGUUCUGUUUCUCGUUUUGCUAACGAUAGCUCAGAAUUCAGAAACAUUAGUGCCAAAAUGGUUAGUACAUUCUUAGCUCUUCAACAAGGUACCUUGUUUGUUUACCAAGGACAAGAGCUAGGCCUCAGGAAUGUUCCGAUAACAUGGAAUAUUUCCAAAUACAGAGAUCUUGAAACACUUAACCAUUACAAUGAAUUAGAAGAGAAUAAUGCCUCUUCAGAAACUCUUGAAGCUACAGUGUUUGAAUACCAAAAAAAAUCAAGAGAUAAUGCUCGUUAUCCUUUUCCAUGGGACCGCUCAGUUAAUGCUGGCUUUAGUACCUCAUCCCCAUGGAUCGAUAUUAAUGAGGAUUACGUAGAAUGGAAUGCAGCGGAAGAGGAUAAGGAUCCGGAUUCUGUUUUGAACUACUGGAGACGUGUUUUAAAAAUAAGAAAAGAAUGGAAAGAUGCUUUUAUAUAUGGUAAGUUUGAGAUGGUUACAAAUGUUGAAGAAGAGAGGGUGUUGGCAUUUAAACGUACUAAUAAUGAUAUUAGUGCUCUAAUCGUUUGCAACUUUUCGAAUGAUGCUUCCCCAUGGACCAUUCCAGAAGAGUUUGAAAACGGGAAAAUUUUAUUAUCCAACUAUAACAGAUCUAAGAUUACAGGAGUAAACGUAUUAAAACCAUACGAAGCUUUCUCAUUACUUAAAUAA